CUCACAUUCCAGACAUUAAUACUCAACAUCCAUACACUCGUCAUUCAUCAUUGAAGUCUUCGGGUACGAUACGUAUAAUGUCGAAGACAAAGGUCUCUAAGAAUGCAUUUCGUCGACAGCAAAAGAAAUUGAGGAAAGAGGAAGCACCCGCACCAGCUGAAGUGAUCGUGUCUGAGCCUGUAUUCCGAUUAGACAAGUUUGAGGAUGGUGCUAAACCAGACUCAACGACCUCCAAAGAAGCAACAACCACAUCAAACUGUGACAGCUUUGACGCAGACUUACAAGGCUUAAGCGAGUACAAGAAGAUAUUUCAGCGUUUUCAGAUAUCACAGCAUGACUCUGGCACUGGACAAGAAGGCGGAGAGCAGUUAGCGUGGAGCGAAGAGAAUGACAACAUCCCCGAUGACACUGAAAAUGCCAUGCCUAAGAAGUCGAAGAAACAGCGAAAGCGCGAAAACAAAUUGUCAGUUGCUGAACUCAAAGCGAUGGCUCGGAAACCAGAGCUUGUCGAGUGGACCGAUGCAGACUCGUCGGAUCCUCUCCUGUUGUUGACUAUUAAGUCACACCGCAACAUCGUUCCAGUGCCCGCUCACUGGUCGCUCAAACGAGAGUAUCUAUCAUCCAAACGUGGCAUUGAAAAACCACCGUUUCGUUUACCGAAAUUCAUUGCCGACACAGGAAUUGCUGAGAUGAGAGAUGCUGCUCUGGAAAAACAAGCAGAGCAGAGUCUCAAACAGAAGCAACGUGAACGCGUACAACCUAAGAUGGGUAGGCUUGACAUUGACUAUGCCAAACUCUAUAAUGCAUUUUUCAAAUUCCAAACUAAACCAGAACUUACACGCUUUGGUGAAGUGUACUACGAGGGCAAGGAAUUUGAGACCAACCUAAGGCAUCUAAGACCGGGAGAGCUUAGCGACGAACUCAAGGAGGCACUUGGCAUGCAGCCUGGCUUUGCACCACCGUGGCUCUUGAAUAUGCAACGUUUCGGCCCCCCUCCAUCAUAUCCUGCCCUCAGGAUACCCGGCGUAAAUUGCCCCCCACCUGCUGGUUCCUCUUGGGGCUUUGGCCCUGGGCAAUAUGGGAAACCCCCCGUGGAUGACAACAACAAGCCAUUGUAUGGCGGCGACAUCUUUGGCAUUGCCCAAAUGAGACAGACUGAUGCGUCCGAUGAGUUCAUUGAUAAGUCUCUUUGGGGUGAGCUCCGACCUUCUGAAGAGGAUUCAGAGGAAGAGGAAGAGGAGGACGAGGAUGAGGAGGAAGACGGAACAGCCUCGCCGAGCGGGAUCGAAACUGGUUUGCACACCGCAUUUCCAUCAGAUAUUGGAGGGCUGGAAAGCGUAGCAGGCGAUUUUAACCUCCGGAAACACCGCGCCUUUGAAGCAGAGGAGAACUUCGGAUCACGUCAGGCAUACCAGGUUCUAGAAGAACAGAAAACAAACAUUAACGGCUUUUUGGGUUCUGACAGGAAGUAUAAUCUGAACAAUCCUCCCGCCAACAUUCCUGUUCUUGGAUCACAAGAUUCGCGCAAAAGAAAAGCUGGCGAUGUGGACGUUUCGGUAGACGUAGAUACAUUAAUAGGAAAUGGGAAAUUGAGCAAAGACGAAAUAGCAAAGCAAUAUCAGGCUCAAAGCCAAGACCGAACAAGGCAAUGGACCGUGGAUCAAGACGAUUUAAGCCAGAUGAUUGCGGAGGAAAGUCGAAAGAGAUUGAAGAAGGAUAUAGAAAAGCGCGAAGAAAAAAAAAGGCGGUAGGGGAUAUGAAAGAUGCGAAUUGCUUGGAAGAGCAAUGGCCAAUCCAACAAAGACGAGUGAUCCCUACCAUGUAGAUGUAAUAUCAGUUAGGCAUUCACAAAUGAAUAGAUAGAACGCCACUUUCCAGCGAUAAAAGUGCAUGAGUGCUGCGCUAGGAGAUGUGUUAUUUAGACUAUCGACGUCCUCUACCAGAUGGACGUGGGGGACCGUGACGAACAUAUUCUGAAUACAAUGAAGGACAGCCUAAGACAAAGGACAAGUUAAAACA